CACACACACACACACACAACCAACACUUUACACACGCGGCCACGCAGAUACACCGUGAGACGUGGUCAAUGUAAACGCCAGUCGCUAGAUGCUUCGUCGACACGUAUCGUGAGCUGUGCACCGCCAAGGCGAGCCUCUGCUACGGGCUAUCGGAACGAGCGGAGGAAGGCCAUUCCUGCCGAACCACCAGUGCCGCCCAGAGCGCAACGGAACAGUCGAGGCCAAGGCCAGCGAGGAAAGGCUACCCGACCUGUCCCUGUGAAAGAAUACGAACGCCAUCGGUGACGAUGUGUGAUGUGUGUACACGACAACAUUUACUUUCCAUCCGUCGACGCACCGAUCAGUAGCCAAACGGAAGAGCGAGAGAGAGACCACUGGCCGAACAAGUGUAUUUGCUUCCCCUUGCUAAGGGAUACCGCAGCUCUCCUGUCUCCUGUGCACCUGAAGCCUCCAACUCCCCUCCCCUAGACAGGGGUAAGUGGGUAAAAAUAAACGACGUCUUCUGUGUCCAACCGUUGGUCGUCCUCGCACACGAUGGCGCAGGUGCUGAAGCGUCCGAUCGGUACGCUCGUCAACGGGCUGCGUAGCGUCGGAGGCGGUGGUGGUGGUGGCCGCACCGGUGGCAGCGCACCGCUCCUGCCGGACGGUGGUGGCGGGUUCGCCGGACAGGGGGCGGCAGGCGCACCCGACGGCACCAUGCGCCAAACGCUCACGAUCGUCUUUCUCUGCAUCCUCUGGUACGUGGUGUCGAGCAGCAACAACGUGAUCGGCAAGAUGAUACUGAGCGAGUUCCCCUACCCGAUGACGGUCACGAUGAUACAGCUGACCAGCAUCACCGUGUACAGCGGGCCGUUCUUCAACCUGUGGGGCGUCCGGAAGUACGUCGACAUCUCCUGGCGCUACUACUUCAGCUUUAUCGUGCCGCUGGCGCUGGGGAAAUUUUUGGCCUCCGUCACCUCGCACAUCUCCAUCUGGAAGGUGCCGGUAUCGUACGCCCACACCGUGAAAGCGACGAUGCCACUGUUUACCGUGAUACUGUCGCGCGUGAUCAUGCGCGAGCGGCAAACCAAAGCCGUCUACCUGUCGCUCGUGCCGAUCAUCGUCGGCGUCGGCAUCGCCACGCUAACCGAGCUGUCGUUCGACGUGAUCGGGCUGGUCAGUGCGCUGAUCGCGACGAUGGGCUUCUCGCUGCAGAACAUCUUCUCCAAGAAGGUGCUGAAGGAGACGGGCGUGCACCAUCUCCGCCUGCUGCACAUACUCGGCCGGCUGGCCCUGUUCAUGUUCCUGCCCGUCUGGAUCUACGUCGACAUGUUUAACGUGAUGAAGCAUCCCUCGAUCGUAACGGGUGACUAUCGCGUCAUCGCGCUGCUCUUUACCGACGGCGUGCUCAACUGGCUGCAGAACAUACUGGCGUUCAGCGUGCUGUCGCUGGUGACGCCGCUCACGUACGCGGUGGCCAGCGCCAGCAAGCGCAUCUUCGUCAUCGCCAUCUCGCUGUUUGUGCUGGGCAAUCCGGUCACGUGGGUGAACGUGCUCGGCAUGCUGGUGGCGAUACUGGGCGUGCUGUGCUACAACCGCGCCAAAUACUUUGCCCGCCGGCAGGACACGCUCCUGCCGUACGCGUACGGCGCGAAGGAGGCGGCGGCGGCGACCGGGCCGCCGACCGGUAUCAGCAACAACGGCACCACCACCGCCGCCGGGCGACGCUACCCGUACGCACCGCUGCACAGCAACGGGGGCGUACCGGGGCCGGACAAUGUGCUGCUUGCCGGGAACGGCACCGUGGCCGGUGGGAUGACAGCGACGGCACACGGUGCACCGACCAUCCGAUCAGCGCCUCCUCUAGCGUGAACGGGCCGACCAGCUCGAACGGAAGGCUGCUGUUUGUUUAGGCAACAGGGCAAAGGGACCUGAUCCAAAAACCAGCAGCAGCGGGAGGGGGGGG